UUUGUUGCACGACGCCAGCCUACCCUCUUGAUUGCUUUCGUUUUGGAGAAUACCUGCCUGCGCAGUCUCAUCGGAGAGUCAUAGAUCUGAGCGGUAAAGGUCUGCGAAAUGGCUGAAGAUGUGCCUUUCUUGAGAGACCAAGUACAACGGUUAACUGCAGCACUGAGAAAAUACCAAGAGAAGUAUCCUUCUCCUUCCACAUCAUUGAAGACCACAGAUGCCGGGGACAACACCUUACAACCAUGGCAAACUGACCACAGUUUAAUGAGUCCAUUGUUACUGGAAUAUGACAAUACUAUACAAGAACUCAAUCAGCAGCUGAAUAAUAAUCAAAAAGAAAUACAAGAUAUUCGACAACAGGUGGAUGAUUUGCUUGGGGAAAAUUCCAGGUUGAGAGGUGAGUUAAGGGAUAACGUUGAGUCUCUGCUGAUGCACAUAGAAGGAGAGACGGAUCAUGUCAGGGAUAAAAUCAGUGAUGAACAACUGCUUCACAAUCUUCAGCACCAGGCUCAGGUGGCUUCUCAGGAAAAGGACCAUGCAGUGGAAAUGUGGAAGGCCUCCAUGGCAGAGAUUGACAGAUUGCAGUCACAACUACAGGAGGAGAAAGACAGCCAUUCUUGGAGAGUUGUAGAAAAGCAAGCCAAUCAGGUUAAAGAACAGUAUUACAGCACUGUUACAGCUCUCAAUACAGAAUUAAAUUCCCUGCAAACAGAGCUUCGGCAAGCCCGUAGUGAGUUGACUAAAGCCAAGAUGACCCUCACAGACCAUGAAAAGACAAUAGAUGACUUGCAGCAACAGCUAUUAUGGAAGGAUCAGGAGAUAUCCGAUGCUGUCAUGAAGGAAGGUUUUGUGGACACUAGAGUGUUACAGUUGAAGAAAGCCCUGGAUGAUCUCACACAAAAAUGCUCUCAGCUUACGCAAGAACUAAGCCGGACCAAAGCAGAGAAAUCCACCUAUGAAGCGAAAGCCUCAGAGCUACAGAAAAGGAAUGAUGACUUAGAACAGCGAGAACUGGAAAGUAUUUCCCAGGUGCGGGAGAGUGUACAAAUAGUGGAGAAUGCCAUACUGGAGAAAGAUCAGGCUGAGGUGUUAGUACACCAGAAGGAAGAGGAGAUAGAACAGCUACAGAGCACCAUUACAAAACUGAUUAAUGAGGCUGGAGUGCAGUCAAGAAGACAAGUUGACAUUGUCCGUAAACAAUGUAAUGACAGCAUAGAGAAGCUGAUGCAAGAACUGCAUAGUAUGGAAAUGGAUAAUGCUGAGAAACAAGCACAGCUGGAUAGAGCUUUAAGAGAGAAAAGAACAGCCGAAUCAGAAUUAGAAAAGAUAUACAAGGAGGGUCUGGUCCAGGGAGGUAAGGAUAGAGACAGCUAUGAGGACAUCAGCAGGAGGGCCAUUGUAGCAGAGCGAGCCAGGGAUGAGACCCUGAUGAAAUGUGAGGCCCUUGAACAAGCCAUGAAACUAGACCAGAUGAAUAACAAGCAGGAGCAGCUGCAGCUGAGCACUCAGCUUAGCCAGAUGCAGCAGAGGUUGAAACAGCUGGGGGAGGAGACAGAGAGUCUGAACGAGGACAGACUGCGCUACCUCCAUGACAUUGAUGAGCUGAAGAACAAACUUCUGGGGGCUCAGCAGGAGAGGGAUGCUGCCGUCAGGAAGUGUAAUAAAGAGGUGAGCCUGAUUGAGCAGGACCAGCUUUUACAAAUGAGAGAACUGGAGGCUAAGGUACAGACGACAGAGGAUGCCAACAGACACAGUCAGGCUGAGAUGAGGAAACUUCUGUCUGCCCAGCAGAGGAUGACGGCCAGAUGGAAGGAAGAGUGUAACACAAUAGCGCAGAAGUUAGAAGCAAAGCUGAAUGAGUACAAGACAGAACUGAGCCGGUGUAAGAAACGAAAUGAGGAGCUGACCUCCCUGAUCAAAGAAAGUCAAGUGAAAACAUUUGAGGCUGAGAGAACUAUUGUUGAGUACAGUCACAAGAUCCGGCGCCUUGAGGACCGUGUAAGAGACACAGAGUUCAGGGCAUCUCAGACCAGUAAACAGGUGAGUUGGCCAGACAAGCUAACCGGGAGAAGCAGAUCAAACUGGAUAAGUCUAACUUAGAGCGAGAACUUGGGCGAAGCAGAAUGAUAUCAUCUACAAGGGCUGCUGGGAACAGAACAGAAGAUCCUUUGGCUAUGUCUGACCUCAGUGGCGCUGAUCAAAAUGUUGAAAACCUGUUAGAUGAAAUCUAUAAGAGGUGAUAGUGGAACAGCCAGUCAUUGAUGUUGAAGUCCGGAAAGCUGUCACAAAGACUUCCAUUUGCCCCACAUAGGUCAUACGUGUAUCAUAGAUCUCACCAUGUUAAACUAGCUGUUUAGUUGAGACAAGAAGAUUACUGUUUUACAGAAUGGAUUAUGAAGUCUCUUACUUAAUUAUGUGAAAUUAUCAAAUAUUUUAUUUGUAUAGACAAUAAACAAAGCCAUAUAAACUAGUUCAUACAUUCAUAUUUCUAUAUGCAAAUGUGUAUAUAUGAACAGAUGCAUGUAAAUAGCAGCCAAUGACUAUUUCAGUCAAUUAUAUCAUUCCAAACAGCAAGUUUCAAAAUUUUCGUCCAUAAACCCAAAUCAUUUAUUCAUUUUAAUAGUUGACCAUAGAGUGUGUUUGAGUAGUUUGAUGUCUUGGUAUGGAGAAGUGUGCGAGAUGAUGUGUCAAUUAAAACUAUGAUGUACUCCAUACAUGUUUAUCAUUUGACAAGCUGAGUUAAUGCAGAGAAGACUCUUUUAUACAUUACAUUUGAUAUUUACACUUACAUGCAUUUGUGUAGUCUGUCUAAAGGUAUUUAUCGUUAAUUGCAUGUUCAUUCAGGGCUAAAGUAAAAUGCAUCCUGUGAGUUCCAUCUGAUAUUUCAGAAUUAAGCAGUGUAUUUAUAAAGAUCCUAGUUGGUUAGCACGCUAGCGCAGCGUAAUGACCCAGGAGUCUCUCAUCAAUGCGGUCGCUGUGAGUUCAAGUCCAGCUCAUGCUGGCUUCCUCUCCGGUUGUACAUGGGAAGGUCUUUCAGCAACCUGCGGAUGGUCGUGGGUUUCCCCCAGGCUCUGCCCAGUUUCCACCCACCAUAAUGCUGGCCGCCAUCGUAUAAGCGAAAUAUUCUUGAGUACGGCGUAAAACACCAAUCAAAUAAAUAAAUAUAAAA